AUGGCCUUCUCAGCCAUUGUAUGGACGGCGGCACUUACCCUUACAAUUGCCUUUGCACAGGGUAGAGAUUCCGAUCGGUCGAAGUCCCCAAAGAUAGCCCCUCGGAUGCAACCCGAUUCCCACAACACGACACACUGGCCCACUAGACCUCUUCCUUGGGGUGAGCUGAAUUUUAUCCAUACCACCGAUGUACAUGGAUGGCUUGAAGGCCAUUUGAAUGAGGUCAAUUAUGGUGCUGAUUGGGGUGAUCUGAUUUCCUUUGUGACGCAUAUGCGUGACAAGGCUGAUCGACUUGGCGUCGAUCUUCUCGUUGUGGAUACCGGCGACAUCGUAACUGGCAAUGGCCUCCGUGAUGUCUCAGAACCCGAAGGCCAGGUAUCUAAUCCAAUUUUCCGCUAUUUGGACUAUGACCUACUUACCAUUGGUAACAACGAUCUCUAUAAUGCAAGUGUUACUGAACGGAUACAAUGGGAUAUAGCGGACUACUAUACCGAACGUUAUCUAACCAGCAAUGUCCUUGUGGAAAGGGAUGAUAAAAAUAUAUCCAUCGGUGAGAAAUACAGGUAUAUCACUACAAAGCAUGGGUUGCGGAUCAUGGCAUUUGGGUUCACCCUUCAAGACUUCAAGGCUCCUGCAACCGUCCAUGUCCAGGGAUAUGAAGACAUAAUAGAACAGGAGUGGUUCAAAGAUGCAAUGAACCAGACUGUCGAUCUCUAUCUGCUUAUUGGACAUGCCGAUAUCGGCCAGGGCUGCAAGAUAAAAACCCAAUACCAGGGUGACCAGAACCCAUUGAUCUGCAUGAAGGACUGGUUCCGGCAAAACAAGCCCGAGAUUCCUCUUCAAAUCUUAGGUGGCCAUUCACACGUGCGCAACUUCACAUGCUAUGACAGUGGAUCGUCUGGCCUUGAGUCCGGCCGAUACUCUGACACUGUGGGAUGGCUUGCUCUCAGUGAUGUGGCGCCGUCAGACACCUGGAACGGAUCCAAAACUAUGACGGAUGUCCCCAUGCCCACAAGGACAUGCACACCGCACAGCCCGACGACGUCUUCAACCACGGAGAAAACAGUUCGCCUUGACCGUCGUUACCUCGAUUUCAACCGCCAAACGUUCGCGUACCAUGCUUUAGGAGCAACUGGCCCUGACGUCCCUGCUAGCUUUGAUACGCCUACCGGACAGAAUGUCACAAAGGAUAUCGAGGGCGCUCGGGGGGAAUGGAAUUUAACUACAGAGCUUGGCUGCGCUCCCCAAUCAUACUAUAUUGCGUCGAGCCCUUACAACUGUCCGGAUAACAUCUAUACGUUAGUGAGAUCUGCAUUGAAUGCAACUGUCAAUCGGAACAAUUCUCCCAGAUUGAUUAUUUUCAACACCUACGGAAUUCGUUAUGAUUUAUACCAGGGCAAUUUCACUGUUGGAGACGCCUUCACUGUUAGCUCCUAUGCAGAUGCUUUCCUGUACCUUGCGGAUGUUCCCUACCAGGACGCAAAGACACUUGAAUGCGAGCUGAACGUUAAAAAGAAUUCUAUUUGCGAUUACAAGGAGCCGAAGGAAGACUGUAGCAUCAACGGUCUUCGUUUCGCUACCAGUCCAUCUGAGGACUUGUCUCAGCAGAACGUGCUUACCGAUCAUCCAAGAGACCUGGAUAACCUCAACCCUGGACAUGUGACAAAGGAUGACUUUGGGGACUGUUUUGCCACCACUGUGAACUGUGGCGAUGACACCCUGCACAUAAAACGCCAGGAAGAUUAUAAGCAUCCGUAUUAUUUGCAAGUCAAGGGCGACAUUGACGAGAAUGAAACCGAGACAGUGGAUGUGGUGUUCACACUUGACAUGCAGAAAAAUAUUUUGCAAAUCCUCAACCGCAGCGACACGGACGUGAAGGAUUACAUGGAUCCGUCGUUUACGACGAGGGAUUUCUUGCAGGUCUACGCGAAGACGAUCUGGGCCGAGGAGGAAUCUUGCGAGAUCGGACCAUGA